GGCUUCACUUCUUCCCCUUCCUCCACUCCUAGAUUCGCAGACGGCAGGUGCCUCAAGUCGGGCGACAGCUCUGUCUCAUUCGCUUCACUGAACAGCACUACCAUGCCAGCCGCCGAAGCCCCAACACAGCUGGAGCAAACCUCGGCAGUGCUUGGAGAGUACAUGCUGAAAGGUUGGACGUUGACAGAUCUGCACUGUGAUCAAUGUUGCGUUACGCCUUUGAUGAGAGAGCCGACGGCCAGUGCUACUGCUGAAUCUCGACAACCAAUACAAUUCUGUGCUCUGUGCGAUGGGCCUCCAAGCGCAAGUGCACAGUCCACUGCGACUAGGGCUGUCCAGUCGACCUCACGGUCUGUUCCCUCUGCUCCUACAGGCUCUGCUCCUGCCUCCACACUCCUCCAAUCAGGCCCGAACCUUGAGAAUCCCAUAUAUAAUCCCUCAUCCUCUUCGGACGACACGGCUAGCCAAAUUUCAUCACUCCUCCUCCGAGGCUACUCUCUCCUAGGCACCAAUUGUCCCUCUUCAACGUGUCGUGGGAUCCCACUCGUAGGGUAUCCCAGAGGCCAAGAUGGUAAAAAGGACAAUAGACGAUUAUGCGUAGAAUGCGGAAGCAGGUGGAUCGAUGGAGGGGAAGGUGGCGGCGGCAAGCUCAAGCGGCUACCCGUAGGUGGGGGUGACAGUUUGAAAGGUCACACGGAGAAGGGGAAAGAGAAGGCCACGUCCUUAUUAGAUUUAGGACUCGAAAGUCCAAGGACGAUGAGACGGAAUCAGCUAUAUGGAUUGGUCCCGACGAAGGAGAAAGAAGAAAGCAACAGUUCAGAUCUGGAAGACGAGGCAGAGGUGCCGUCUACAAUGCUCCAAGUCCAGACCGGCUCACAGACGUCGUCAGCCCCGCCUUCCCUCAUCCUGGCAUUGGAACAUACCUCCAAAAGCCUCGCUCUGACCUUGAAUAGAUUUGCAGUCUCGCUCGAAAGACAUACCCUCGGCACGGAUAAGGAAGAUGAAAGUCGAUAUUUUGUCGAUGUCAAAUUGCACAUGGAUGCGAUGAAGGAUGUUCUGGGUGUGCUGGGGAUGGUUCAGGAGCUGAGACGUUAGAGAGCGUGUGGUCAUAGUGGCAGUCAGUCUCUCCGAAAUCAGCAGUGGCAGCUCCUGUAGUCUUGUUGAGACGUGGCGAUACACACCUGUACAGGGAUUCUCGUUGGAUUGGCCUCUAUAACAAUGACACUUUCUGAAAGGAUGGUAUGCGUAGAAUGAUGCGAAUGGUGUGACAUAGUAGGCAGGUAGCCUGCCUAGGCUGGAUGUAUAAGAUGUC